AUGAACGGCGAAGACCCCUCAGACCGCCCCGACUACAUCACAACGGUGAUCAACGGCCUCGAGCGAUACAACCCCGAGGCCGUCGGCACCCUCGAAACCUACCUCCAGGAGCAAUGUGACCAGAAAACCUGCGACUGCAAUGCGAACCGGACACUGUUGAAGCUCUACCAGCUCAACCCUGACCGCAUGAAGGACGAGGUCGUCACCAACAUCCUCGUCAAGGCCAUGACCCAGUUCCCCUCGUCCCAGUUCACCCUCGCCCUCCACCUCAUCAACCCCUCGGCCGCCUCCACCGGCGAACUCCACGAGGCCCUCACCAAACUCCGAUCCCUCAACUCCCAGCUCCAGGGCGCCCAGUACGCCGACUUCUGGGCCGACCUCGACGGCGACGACCUAUGCGCCGACCUCAUCGCCGACGUCUCCGGCUUUGAGGACCUCGUCCGCGAGCGAAUCGCCACCCUCGUCUCACAGGCCUUCCGCGAAAUCAAGCUGUCUCACAUGGUCUCAUGGCUGGGCUUUAACGAGGACAAGACACGGAAAUUCAUCACCGAGGUCGCUGGCUGGACCAUCGAGGAGGACAACGUCAAGAUUCCUUCCAACCCCGACAACGAGGCCAAGAAGUCUGAGAUCCGCGAGGACGUCAACGUUGAUCAGUUCGCCAGAGUGAUUCGACGAGCCUGGGAGGAGACUGUAUAA